GAAGUACACGACAUACGCUAAACACAACAAGCUAACAGUAAAAAAAUCACAAAUAUCUCCUUAUAACGUCAGAAAAAUAGUCAACUCGCCCACGAAAUGUCACUACACGCGUACCACGCGUAGUAUAACGUGUCCAAACGCAAUGUUGGGCGUCAUUAAGAGUGUUUAAUCACCGAGCGUGGCCGCGAGGACAGUCGUCGUUAAGCUACUAUUUACUUCCGGUAGUCUGAAUAUAAACGUUUGGCAAAAUGGGUGAAGUUGAGGAAACGCUCCAGAGAAUUGAAGCCCAAGGAAGUGUACUUGGAACAAUAGUUGCUAAUACAGACGGCAUUCCUAUCCGAUCAACGUUCGACAACUCCAAAGCGGGGAAGUAUGUGGACUCCCUCCGCCAGCUCACCUUGAUGGCCAGGUGCACGGUGCGAGACAUUGACCCGGAGAAUGAACUCGUAGUUCUUCGCAUCAGCACCAAGAACCAAGAGAUCAUGGUUGGACCGGAGAAUGGCUAUCUUCUGAUACUCCUCCAGAGGUUUGAGAAAUACUCCCGGACAUGAGAGUAAAAGUAUAUGAAGGUUCAAAUAAAAGAAUGAAUGAAAAGAGUGUAGCUCCUUCUUUAACACAUUUAUUGUUAUAUAUUACAUAUAUAUGUGUGUAUAUUA